GCGGGAUGGCGCAUUUUCUUGCACCGAGUAAUGUGGUGUCGCUGGUGGCUGAGGGCCGAGAGUUCUGUGGUGAAGAGAGGGGAGGGAUUCUUGUGGGCGUCGGGAGGAGUCUUGGUGCGAACUACGAAGUGGGAAGCUGACGCUGGGUAGUGCUGCUCCCGGACCCGCGGCGCGAAAGUCGUGAUAUCAUCGUUGAAUCAUCAGCUUUGAAAUUUAAAAACAAUGGAGAAAACUCAAGAAACAGUCCAAAGAAUUCUUCUAGAACCCUACAAGUACUUACUUCAGUUACCAGACCCUAAUGGAGACUCACCUGCUAAUGUCAAUAUUUCAAAAGGAUGGAGGGAAGACAGAAAUGGAGAAUUCAAAGGAAAAGUUGCCCACUGUUUAAGAAAAAGCCAAGAGACUGCUGAGUGACAUUCAUUCAGCAGUUAGUAACUUCACUAUCUCAGGGUCUCCUAGUGAGAAACAUGACACU